AUGGCAGACGCCGCUCUCGUUUCGGCGCUCUGCGAGGAAACGACCUGCCCCAUCUGCCUGGAGUCUUUCAGGGAGCCGGUGACCGUCGACUGCGGGCACAAUUUCUGCCGGGGCUGCAUCCUCCACUACUGGGAAGACUUCAGCAAAGCCACCAGCUGCCCUCAGUGCCGAGAGAUUAUUCAGCGCAGGAAGUUCAGGACGAACCGGCAGCUGGCGAACGUCAUAGAAAUAGUCAAGAAGCUCGAGGAGAGAACGAGGGCAGAGCAGAAGAGGGGCUUGUGCCGGAGGCACCGGGAGCCGCGGAAGCUCUUCUGCGAGGAGGAGGAGGAGGAGGAGGAGGAAGCCCUUCUCUGUCUGGCGUGCGGCGCAGCCGAAGAGCAUCACGAUCGUCGUGCAGUUCCAGCGGAAGAGGUGGCUCCAAAGGACAAGGCACGUUUGGAAAUGGAGAAGCAGAAAAUCACACUUACUUUUGAACAAAUGCACACAUUUCUUCAGGAAAAAGAGCACCUCAGACUGGUCCAGCUCAAAGACCUGAUGAAAGAGAUCAAAGAGAGGCAGGGUGAAAAUGGUGGCAGCCUUUCUGAGGAGAUUUGCCAUCUUAGCCAUCUCAUAAGAAAGAUGGAGAGAAAGUUCCAGCAGGAGUGUCAGUAA